CGCUUGUAGGUAAUUAAACAAAAUGAAGUUUCUUGUACUGUGCACGCUGAUAGUUGGAGCUACUGCAGGAUACUCCAACUCAAACUAUCGGGACGGUAAAGCGACAGGUCUCUAUAAUCACGUCUCCGCCGGUACCGAUUAUGCUGACAAGUUCCCCCAUGGUAACACAGGUUAUAACGGUGGCUACACGACGCACUAUUCCGGCCCGAACGGUGUUGGCGUGGCGGUCGGUACCGGUACCGGUAACUUUGCGCCCGGAUUCCCAGGUUUCCCCGGCCCGACGGUAGACUUCAACAACUUCUUCCAGGGCAUUCAGGCCAACUUUGCAAACUCGAUGACGCAAUCGUACGCUGGACCGGGAGCGAUAGUAUCAGCGUCAGCAUCACUGCUGCCAAAUCCCGCCGCCACCGUCUGGCGCAGCAGCAGUAGUAGCAGUAGACCAACGCAUCAACAGCACAACCUGUACCAACAACAGUUUGCUCUUCAGCAAGCUCUGUUCCAGCAACAACAGGCCGCCUUUAAUGGAGCCUUCAACGGAGGCGGUUUCGGUGGUGCUGGAGCGGCCGCUGGAGUUGGUGCCUUCCCAGUGUACGGACCAAACUUCGCCAGCGGUAGCAACUACGCAAACAAUCGCUAUCCUGCCGGUAACUACGGUUCGCCGAAUGUGGCCAGCUCUUCUGCUUCCUACGGACCGGGAGGAUUCCAUCAGACGGCUUCGAUCUAUCCCAACAAUCCGGCUUCACCGAAUAUAGACACUCGUUUCGGUGGAUCGGAACAGUCGACUAGCUUCCAGAGUGGUAAACCAGGAUUCGUCGGAGUUUCAAGCUUCUCGUCCUCCUCCAACAUUAACGGCCAGACGCACCGUGAAGCGGUCACGACGGUGAACGAUAAUGGCAAAGUGACGACCCAUCGUGUCCACUCGUAA